AUGGUCGAAAGCUACAUGAUCAUUUUCUCAGCCAUUGGCUGCGCAAUCAUUGCAGAAGGAUGGCGUACUACGCGAAAGAAGGCAAAUGGUAUGGCACUCCCACCUGGACCGCGCUUGCUGCCUUUCCUAGGAAAUAUCCUCGACAUUGAUGUAGCUCGUCCAUGGCUAACUUAUGCUGAGUGGGGAAAGCAAUAUGGUGAUAUUGUGUACUCGCGCCUUUUUGGUCAGCACUUCAUCAUCGUCAACUCUGAGAAGGUCGCUAGGACCAUUGUAGAUAAACACUCGGCGAUAUAUUCUGAUCGUCCUGUCAUUGCUACAAACGAGUAUUUUGGAUUCUCAUUUAACACUGGGCUCUUGCCAUACGGUGACACAUUCCGCAUGCACCGCAAACUUUUUCAUCAGGUACUACGUGUCGAAGCAUCGAAUUCGUACCAGGAUCUGUAUCUCCGCAAGGCUCAUGAGCUCGUUGUCAAUCUUUUCGAUGCCCCCGAGGAAGUAGAACGACACCUGAACACAUUUGCGGCGUCUCUCAUCUUGGCAGUCACGUAUGGAUAUGAGACCCAGCCAAUGGAUGAUCCCUUCGUAACAUCUGUUCAGAAGGUCAUUUCGAUUGGCAAUCAAAUUAUAUCUCCUGAAAGAGCAGCCAUGCAAAUGUUCUUUCCUUUUCUAACUCGGCUCCCGUCCUUUGUACCAGGGGGGGAGUACAAGAAGCAGGCCCCAGAAUGUCGUAGAUUGGUCCAGGAUAUGAUGGAGACACCCUUUGAAUAUGUGAAAAAACAAUUGGCAAAGGGUACGGCUCGUCAAUCUAUGGUAUCAGACUUCCUGAACCAGGGGAACGGAAGUCAAUUUCGUGCUCAUGAACAGUUGAUGAAGGCGGUUGCUGCAACUGCAUACCUUGGUGGGUCUGAGACAACCUCGUCAACCCUACACACAUUCCUACUGGCAAUGGUUCUUUACCCGGAAGUUCAGGCUCUCGCUAGGGCAGCAAUCGACGCGGUGUGCGGACGCGACGGGAUUCCGACUUUCCAGGAUAGGGAGUCACUGCCAUAUAUUGAGGCGGUCUGUCGUGAACUUCUCAGAUGGGCGCCUGUUGCACCUCUCUGCAUUCCACAUGCAACCUCAUGCGAUGAUGUUUAUAAUGGAUUCCUCAUUCCAAAAGGUUCUGUGGUGGUGUUGAAUGCAUGGGCCAUGGGUCACGAUGAAGACAUAUAUCCUAAUCCAUCGCAUUUUGAUCCCGAUCGUCAUUUGACUACAGACGGAAAGUUGAAAGAUGAACCCAUGUGCAGUCAUUUCGCUUUUGGUUUUGGAAGGAGAAUUUGUCCAGGUCGUUUCUUCGCAGACCACUCCUUGUGGGCGUCUGUCGUGUCAAUUCUCUCAACUAUCGAGAUCGCAAAAGCACAAGACAAGGAUGGCAAGGACAUUGACUUUACGCCGCGAUUUACAAAUGGUCUUACAAUCCAUCCCGAACACUUCCCGUGCUCUAUGCGGAGUGUAUCUUCAGCUAGGGAAGAGCAGAUGCGAACGAUGUGGAGAGUUGAUGCAACUGGUCAGUGAGUGUAUAUCGCACGGCCCGCAUAACACAGCCAUUUUGUAUAUAUCAUAUGUCACAUAUGAUAUGAUUAUACAUUCUGGCCUCCAGCCGACUUCCGGGAAUGGCUGCACAACCUCCAUGAUUUCACAGCUCAGCCUUCUUGUCAGCAGAACAAACUAUACCAAGACAACAGAGCUGAGGCUUGACUCAGGCCUGCACCAGUGCGGCACGACGUACGAUACAUGUGUCCAUCAUAAGCGCGUUGGACGGCUCACCAAAUUGCGUAUUCCUGCACAUAUGACGACAUCAUCUAUUCUCAAGAAUGUAAGCAGACAUAUCGCCGGCUCAGUGGGUUGUGUC